CCGGUUUCAUGCGACGAUUGUCCCGGUGGAUUCGCCCAAUUCCCCAGACGUACCUAGCUACAGUACGUCCUUAUUCUUGCUGCUCCCGCCCGCCAUUGAGUUCUUAAGCCCCAUCUUGUCUGAACCCUCUUCUGCCAGUUGGGACUAGCAGCACUCGCUCCGCAACCGUGAUGAAGUUCCUGAACCCCAUCACUCUUUUUUUCGCCCUAGCGAUUAGAGCGUCGCCGUUGAGCUCGGAUAUCGAACAAAGGGACCUGACUAUCGAACAAAGGAACCUGGCUAUCCAACAUAGGGACCUGGCUCUCAGACAAAGGGAUCUGUUGAACGAUCUUAACUUGACGAUUCCUGCCGUCCCCGCCGACCAAUGCACCCCCUCAUCUCCAAAAGGCAUCCAGCCGGGCUGCUGGCAGGCUCUGGAUAUGAACAACUAUCUCAGCACCUGGUGGCAGAACAAUGGUGCGACAUGCAAUUCGACAAACAGAGGAUUCGCCCAAUGUUACCUGGAUAUGGCGGGAUUAAUCACAUGGAGUUGCGACUUUAUAAACAUCAACGGGUGUUCACCGCCACCCAGCGGGCCUCAGAUUAGCUAUCACUCACCUCAAGAAUUCUACACUGUGUGGAACAUUUACGCCAUCAACCUCUUCUUCACCAACUACCAACAAGGUCUUAUGCAGGGCCAGGCGGCUGCCAUCGGAGCGGUCGCUGAAAUCGUUAAAGUCGUUGCACCUCCGGUGAAAAAGAACACGGCAACUCCAAAAAUCGGACCCAUUGUUGGUACUGCAAUUGGUUUGAUUGGUGCCUUUGGUCCUGCCGUCGGCAUGUUGGGAGUCCCGGUCGUCAUACCCUUCCUUCUUAUACUGGCACCCUUGGGUAAUGUGGGUGGUUUCGCCAGCAUCUUGUUCCCGGCCGAGACCGUCAGCCCAGUCCCCUGGGAAGGGCUUUCAGAGGCUUUGGGAAAUCAAGUCAAUGACUUUCAGAAAAACAUCGGUAAGGCAUUGAAUGCUGUUCAGACCGACUUUAACAUAUUCUUCGGCCUCACCUCGAGCGGCUUAUUCAGUCAGAAACUCCCCACCAAGCUUCCAGAAAACACAGAUUAUAUGUAUCACAGCCUCUUGAAGUGGACCUUUAACAGUGCGCUUGAAGCAAACAAUUACUUUGUUGUAAAGAACCCUGGUGUUGAUCCAACCAAGAUACCGAUCGAGGCCUAUGACUGCUCAAAGCUUGAUAAGUUUGGCACUUGUGGGCCGAUCUGGUAUGACGGCUCAGACUCGUAUGGGCUUGCCAGAGUUAACGACAUUGGUAUGGACCGCAUGGAAGAGAUCCUUAAGACAGCCUUCGCGAAGAACUGGACCACCCCACAUGAGCUCUAUAUCGACGCGCAGAAAUGCCGCGCGAGAAACUCCACCGAAGAGUUUGACAUUCACGACCUGAGUUUAACCUGCCUAGUAAGUGUCGCUAUGAACCUCUCGCGACGUCUCUCGAGCCCCGCCGCGGCUUCAUUAUAAUGAGGCAAUUGAAGUAACACACAAACAGAAUUAUUUACCAGUUUGCGAGUUUGAGUUUGAUUAUAAUCCGUAUGAGGCGACCUUGUAUCACAGCGAUCCAUAUCAGUUUAAGAAUUGCCCAAGUAUGAGGGGAUGGGGUACUCCCCUGUACUGGGAUGAAUUAGCGGGAGUUCCCCUUACGUAUCUGGGCCCAUUUUUGAUGUCUGGGGUAAGAUAUGAUGAGAAGAAAGGCUAAAAAAGUAUUACUUCUAUAUAUAAAUACCUUAGUAAAGA